UACAAACACUUCCCGAUCCCUUUCUUCUCUUCCCCAAAUGGCCUCCAUCUUUGCUAUUAGUCGCUGCUCAGCCUCGGCUUAUCAACGCGCCAUCGAUUAUCAAAGUAGACCACAACGAUUCCAUUCGUUAUCUUCACGCGCCGCCAAAUCCAGAUUCAUAAGGUUGAACAAUCUCACGAGGAAUUGCUCGCUUUCAUCAAAUGCUGCUCCUUUCAUCGUAGCAGACGAUGAGAAAUACAGCAAUAAGCAAGUCAUCAGCAUCACUCCUCGCCUCUACGAUUAUAUCCUCGCCAAUGUUCGCGAGCCUCCGAUUCUCCGGCAGUUGCGGGAAGAAACCGCUAAUAUGCGCGGCAGUCAAAUGCAGGUGUCUCCCGAUCAAGCACAGUUACUAGCUAUGUUAGUACAGAUUCUCGGGGCUGAAAGAUGUAUUGAACUUGGUGUUUACACAGGAUACUCAUCACUGGCUGUUGCAUUGGUUUUACCAGAAUCAGGCUGUUUAGUUGCCUGUGAAAGAGAUGCUAGAUCCCUUGAGGUUGCAAAAAGGUAUUACGAACUGGCCGGUGUUUCGCACAAGGUAAGCGUGAAACAUGGACUAGCUGCAGAUGUCUUGAAAUCUAUGAUUUCUAGCGGUGAGACUUGCAGCUAUGACUUUGCAUUUGUUGAUGCUGAGAAGAGGAUGAAUCAAGAAUAUUUUGAAUUGCUAUUGCAGCUGGUUAGAGUUGGGGGAGUAAUUGUGAUUGAUAAUGUCCUUUGGCAUGGCAAAGUUGCCGAUCCAUUGGUAAAUGAUGCAAAGACUGUCAGCAUUCGGAAUUUCAAUCAGACCCUAAUGGCGGACAAGCGAGUAAGCACCAGUAUGGUGCCUAUCGGAGAUGGAAUGACAAUCUGCCGGAAGCAAUGAUCUAGUCCCAAUUCAUACAACUUGACUCAUGGGGUUCUUGAAGAUAGAAAACAUAGAUUCACCAGCUGAUAUCUACAUUCUGGCAUUCUUUGCAAAUUCACCCAUGCUUUUCAAAUGGAACUUUUAGUUUAGUUGACAGGUGAGAAGUGGGUUGAUUUAAAACGGCUGCAACUAUCAGCAACUUCGCUCGAGCUUGAUUCAGAUGCUUAAAAUAUCAGCCACAAACUCGACGGAGUUUGGCUUAGAUCAGCACAUAAAUUUUGUAAACGCAGCUCGAAAAGAAAAGAAGCCAUACAUGUGUGUCAUAGGGCAUUAUUCAAAACUGGAUUAUUUAGCC